AUGUGGGUCACCCCUACUAGUUUCAAGGGGUUCGUCCCCCGGAAAAUUACCGCGUUUGCGUGGUUAGUAUGGGAUAGGAAGAUUCUUACGCUUGAUACCCUCUUCGCUAGGGGUUGCAACAAACUGUCGUCAGUGACCUGUCUGCUGUGCUGUUCUGAUAUUGAGUCCAUUGACCAUCUAUUUUUUAGAUGCCGCUUCUCCAUGGACAUUUGGGACCGUCUUGCUCUCAUUUUUUCAUUUCAACGUGCCCCCUCCUCUAGUUUGGAUUUGUGGGGUAGUUGGCUUUGUGAGCUGGACCCUCUUAUUAGGCUCCCCUGCUCGCUCAUAGCUAGGGUGGCCCUUUGGCAUAUCUGGCUUACUAGAAAUAACUGUGUAUUCAAUUCAGUGAUUAUUUCUAUGCAUGUGGUUUUCUUGAAUAUUUGUCAUAUGUAUCUUUCUUGGAUGUCAGCUGCCCCUGCUAAAGAGUUGCACAAGCUGGAAGAUUCCAUUGCUGCUGUUAGACGCUACAUCCAGUUCUUUGGUUCCCAUUCUUGCUUGGAACUGGAACCCGAUGGGCCUGUCGACUUCACCGGCUAG